CGAUCCCGACAACGUAGCUUUCUGCGUGCUGGCCACGGACGAGGAGGACGAGGGCGACAUUGCCCUGCAGAUCCACUUCACCCUGAUCCAGGCCUUCUGCUGCGAGAACGACAUUGACAUUGUGCGGGUGAACGACGUGGACAAGUUGGCUGCCAUCAUAGGACCCAGCGAGGACUCUGGGGAGCCGCGGGACCUCCACUGCAUCCUCAUCACGAACCCAAAUGAAGAUGGCUGGAAAGACUCAGCUCUAGAGAAACUGAACUCGUUUUGUGAAGAGAGCCGAAAUCUCAAUGACUGGGUGCCAACCAUCACCCUGCCUGAGUGAUGGUGACCCAGUGCUUUGGGGAGGCUGAAAUCUUUGUUGCAUUCUCAAUGUGAUAUGGGUUCACCAAAGUGUGCAACAAGCUGCUCAUUCCAUGGAUUAGCCUGGUCAAGAGACUGGAUUAAAGUCACUUAGACUGGCAUGCAGUGGGCUCUGACAGAGGAGAAAGAGAACAGCUCAUCUCACUAGUGAGCCUCAGUAGGCUGCAACCACGGAGAGGCUGAUUUACCAUGGGACUGAAAGAAGUAUUACAAGUUUCCUGGUCAGGUGGAGCUGUUUCAGAAGGCAGAGAGAAGGCUGGGGGAAGUGGGCCAAAACUCUCCAGAAGGACUGGACAGAGUAUUGUAACUACAAACUGUUGGUGCUGUCUAUAAAACACAGAAGAAAAUCUUCAUUAUGUGAUGGACUACUGGGGAUUGUUUUCUAAGACAUAUAUAAUGACUCCAAAGAGGACAGAUUUCAACAGGCCUCUUGGGUCAAUCUGCAGAACUGGUUUAAUAAUGCAAUAAUUUUUAUUGAAUUAUUUGCUGCUACUGAAGCUUUCAUAAUAAAUUUUUGACAA